AUGACUGCCGAACCGCCCCCUAAGCGCAAGUGUCUCGGGGCCGACUGCGAGAACGAAGCCGGUUCGCUGCAAUGCCCGACUUGCCUGAAGCUGGGUAUCAAGGACAGCUACUUCUGCUCGCAAGACUGCUUCAAGAAGAACUGGGGAACACACAAGGCUACCCACAAGCAAGAAAACAGUAUUUUGAGCCACCUCUUCCCUCCAAAGGUCGUUUCUAAGCCAGAUCCAGAAACCGGUCUCUUCAAUCCCUUCCCGGCCUUCAACUUUACAGGCCCCCUGCGCCCGGUCUACCCGCUUUCGGAACGCCGAAAGGUUCCCGCCUCGAUCCCCCACCCCGACUAUGCCGGCGACGGUAUCCCUAAACACGGCCGAUCCCUCGUCCGCUCCAACAAGAUCGAGUGCCUCGACGCCAAGGCACAGGAGGGCAUGCGCAAGGUCUGCCGCCUUGCGCGCGAGGUUCUCGACAUUGCCGCCGCCGCCAUCCGCCCGGGUAUCACGACCGACGAGCUUGACAAGAUUGUGCACGAGGCGUGUAUCGAACGGAAUUCCUACCCAUCCCCGCUCAACUACAACCACUUCCCCAAGUCAGUGUGCACAUCACUAAACGAGGUCAUCUGCCACGGCAUCCCGGACAAGCGUCCCUUGGUGGACGGCGACAUCCUGAACCUGGACGUCACAUUAUACCACGAAGGCUACCACGGCGAUCUGAACGAGACGUACUACGUCGGCGACAAGGCACUCGCAGACCCCGACGUCGUCCGCCUGGUCGAGACCACACGUGAGGCCCUCGACGAGGCCAUCAAGAUCGUCAAGCCCGGCACCCUCUUCCGCGAGUUUGGCAACGUCAUCGAGAAGCACGCAAAGGAAAAGAACUGCAGCGUCAUCAGGACAUAUGUAGGCCACGGCAUCAACUCGGUCUUCCACUGCCCGCCCAACAUUCCGCACUACGCCAAGAACAAGGCCGUGGGAGAGUGCAAGCCCGGCAUGACGUUUACCAUCGAGCCAAUGUUGGCCCUCGGAAAGUACCGGGACGUCACCUGGCCCGACAACUGGACCAGUACCACUAUCGAUGGAAAGCGGUCCGCGCAAUUUGAACACACCCUGCUUGUGACCGAGACUGGAGUCGAAGUCCUGACGGCAAGGAAAGCGGACUCUCCCGGUGGACCUGUGCCCAUGCCAACGGCAUGA